CCAAAGUGACCGAAGCCGGACUGAUUCGACUUUACAUGCCUGAGAAAAGAUACAAGUCGUUCACCUUCUCUGCGAGACACACAGACUCAGACCUGCUUUGAGACUAAAAUGAGGAAGAAGAUGUGGAUAUUUCACAGGGUCGACCAUUCAAAGUGUUUUUUUCUCAUUUGGAAUCAGUGUUUGUAUUACGCAGCGGUGGCGUGUUUGUUGUUUUCCACUGUCAGGACGGAUGUCGCUUGCCCAGAGGACUGCAUCUGUGCCAGAGACUCCGGGACAGUGACCUGCCGUGACGGGAAGGACACCGAGGUACCAGGAGAUAUACCGGAGUGGACGUCCACCUUGAUACUCAAGGGGAGAAACAUUUCAACUUUGCAGCGUGGUGCGUUCAUGAGCAACGGGACGGAGACGGAGUUGACUACACUCUCGCUCUCCUAUAACGGGAUACGGGUUAUUGAACAUUACGCAUUCCUGGGACUUGCUCGAUUGCAUUUGCUGGAUCUUAGCCACAACUCGCUGGAGUUUAUUUCAGCCCGGGCUUUCCACGGGUUACUGGAGCUGCGCUCUCUUUACCUAAAUCACUCGCUUUUACCUCCAGCCACGGAGCAGCUCUCAAAUGCACUCAGCACACAAAGUUUGCCCAACCUCCACCGACUGGAGUUGGCGGGAAACAUGCUAAAGCAUAUUCCCCAGAUUCGGUUAGAUAUGCAUAAUCUCCACGCUUUAGUGCUGAUAAACAACUCAAUAGAGAGCAUAGGAGGGGACAAUGUAACCACGUUGUACCAGCACAGGCGAAUUCGCUUCUACUUAUCUUUAAACCCAUUUCGGUGCAACUGUGAGCUGGAGGCGUUUUACUACUGGUUGAAGAACUCUUCCCAGUGCCCGGAUGCAGGGCGGCUCGUGUGCAGCGAGCCGGAGUCCAGGAGGGGGGUCCCUGUGGAGAAGCUCAGGGAGGAGGACGUGGAUUGUAUGAACGAGAACCUGGAGGCGGUUUCUUACGUGUUUCUCGGUUUGGUGUUGGCUCUGAUCGGGUUGGUGUUUCUCAUGGUGCUCUAUCUAAACCGGGGAGGCAUCAAAAGGUGGCUCAACAACAUCAGAGAUGCGUGCAGGGACCAGAUGGAGGUCUACCACUACCGGUACGAGCAGGACUCAGACCCGAGACUGUCCAAUGUGGCUGUUUAACCAUCAGAAACAUAUCAAAAAGACUGGGGAGAUUCCCUGGCAGUGCCCUGUCACAGUCAAAAUCAAUAGUUUUUACAAUCACUUUCAUAAUUCUCAGCAGCUGGCCAAUGAACUGCAUGCAUAUUCCUCUCACAGUGGGAUAUGCACAGAGCCAAACACAGAUAACGAGACUAUUAAGCGUUCAUCUUACACAACUGAAUACUUAAAACUUCCAAGCACUGUUGUACAUAUUGUAUCUUGAGAGGAUUGUGUUAACUUGCCCAAUCUAAAGCAGCUUAUCCAACUCAGUAUUAUGUAUAUUAUUAACCAAGUGACAAAUAUACAGUAGAGUACAUACAUAUAAUUUCAGUUGUAUUAAUGCUGGAACGAAACGGUGAAUCAAUGUAAUUACUGAAAACUGUAGUUGCAAAGUUAUGGCCUACAUUCAGGACACCCCAGAGAGAAAAAGGUUGUUUCUAAUCUACCGAGAGUGCAUAUUGCAAAGUGCUGAGAGAGACGGGCAGGUAAAAUGAGGCAAGGAAGCUGGUAAAUGCCAUUUUCCCGCAAGCAGGCAAUGCUAGAGUUAACUGUCAUAUUUCAUCAUGGAGAACACAGGAUAUGUUACCAACCUUGUCUUUCCAAACCACCUCUGACCUCUGAAAAUAACGUUUAUCAUUUGACACCAGGUCAGUUUAUCAGUUAAAGGGCAAAAGAGACAGAGUCUAACCAUGCAUGUGAUUGUUGUAGGCAUAGAAAACCAAACAAAACAUUAAUAAAAGGUCAAAUAAAAAUGGUGAGUUAGCAGUGUUCUUUACGUCACAACAUUUUAUCAUCACUGUCAGGAAAUGUUGACU